CCCAACGAAAUGGCCACGCGAUCCUUAUGGCGCGCAAAGCUUGCUCUGUCCGCAACCGCCCUCUUCGGCGGUGCCGCCGCCGCGACAAUCACCACCUCCGAAGACCCCGCCAUAACUAUGAAGCUCUACUCCACCGUCCCCGUCCGCCUCUUUCGCGACUCCCUCACAGCUGCCGCCGUCGCCUUCGAUUAUGAGUAUUCACUGUGGGGAUUGCCUGAAGGAAGCAGUGAGAGGUUAAAGGCUAAACAUGAAGUUCACCUCAGGUCUGCGCGUAAGCUACAGGAAUUGUGUUUCAAAAAUGGAGGAAUAUACAUCAAGCUCGGUCAACAUAUUGGGCAACUGGAAUACUUGGUACCAGAGGAGUAUGUCCAUACAAUGAGAGAGUCUAUGUUGAAUAAAUGUCCGGUUUCUUCUUAUGAACAAGUGUGUGAAGUCAUUGAGAAGGAGCUUGGAGAUAAGCCGGAAAAAAUAUUUUCUGAAUUUGAUCCUGUUCCAGUAGCAAGUGCUUCUCUUGCACAAGUUCAUGUUGCUCGCACACAUGAUGGCAAAAAAGUUGCUGUGAAGGUUCAGCACACACACAUGACAGAUACUGCAGCUGCGGAUUGUGCUACUGUAGAUGUGAUUGUGAACACCCUGCACCGGGUUUUCCCUUCUUUUGAUUAUAGGUGGUUGAUUGUUGAGAUGCGUGAAAGUUUACCCAAGGAACUAGAUUUCUUAAACGAAGCCAAGAACAGUGAGAAAUGCCUGCAUAAUUUUCUGAAGCUUUCUCCUCGAAUUGCAGCUUAUGUAUAUGCACCUAAGGUGUAUUGGAAUCUAAGCACCUCAAAGUUGUUGACCAUGGAAUAUAUUGAUGGAGCACAAGUAAAUGAUGUCAAGACGAUGAAAAAACUUGGGUUACAACCCCAGGAAGUUGCGAGAUUGGUCAGUGAAACUUUUGCCGAAAUGAUGUUCAAACAUGGGUUUGUGCAUUGUGAUCCACAUGCUGCAAACUUAAUAGUUCGUCCUCUUCCAUCUAGCAGAAGGAGCAUUCUAGGCAAGAGAAAACCACAGUUGGUUCUUCUAGACCAUGGUCUUUAUAAAGAACUUGAUGAUGAGACCAGAACAAACUAUGCUGCACUUUGGAAGGCAUUGAUAUUUUCUGAUGGCAAUGCGAUAAAGAAACAUAGUGCGAAAUUAGGUGCCGGAGAGGAUCUGUAUGCUUUAUUUGCAGGAAUUCUUACUAUGAGGCCUUGGAAUAGGGUCAUUGACACAUCCGUUGAUCACUUGGUUAUACAAGGAAAUGACAGUGACCGUUCUGAACUUCAGAUGUAUGCUUCUCAGUACUUCCCCCAAAUUACAGAGCUUCUGAGGAGGCUGCCACGUGUAAUUCUCCUAAUGCUGAAGACUAAUGAUUGUUUACGAUCAGUUAGCAAUGCUCUGUUGCAGGAACCUUCUCUCGAGACAUUCAUGAUUGUUGGAAGAAUUUCUUCUGAAGCCAUCAUCGAGUCGAAACUACAAAAGAGAUCCUUUUUGUCUUGGUUGAGUGCCUGGUUAGACGAAUUCCAAUUAGAAGCUCGGCUUUUCAUAAUGCGAAUAGCCUUGUGGCUUCUGCGAGUCAGGAAAGUGUUGGUACUGAAAUAAUGUUGCAGAAACUCAAUAUAUAUGACUCAUAAACUUGGCAAAAAACAAAGAUUGGUGACACUAGAAUUAUUUCUGUUCUCACCCAAAAAUGGGUACACACAUUUUUUGUCUCCAGAAACCAAGCCUCUCCAUCUACAUGCUGGGUCUCUGAGUAUGGAUUGACAGGUGAUUUUUUGACGCAAUGAAGUAAUGCAUAAACUGCAUUCGGUUACUAUUCUUGUGUGCAUAUAAAAGUUGACAAUGUCCUCUGGGACCUGAUCAAUGUUGCAGAACCUCAUCAAAAGAGAACCCAUGGACUGAUUAUUCGUCCAGGAUUUUAAUUGUGUGCUUCGAAACAUAGAAUUCAUUCAACUUUUGAAACUGAUUCU